AUAUAGUCGCCUGGCCUCCGGGCUGGCUACAUCCGUCCGCUCUGAGCAUGUUCUCCCGGGCGCCGGCCGACCGCGGGCUCCUGCUGCUGCCGCCACUCUUGCCGCUGCCGCAGGUGGCGCUGGGUUUCGUGGAAGGCAGCUGCGACCCCUCGGACCAGUGCCCGCCCCAGGCCCGCUGGAGCAGCCUGUGGCACGUGGGGCUUAUCCUGCUCACUGCCCUCCUGCUGCUGCUCUGUGGAGUCUCGGCCAGCUGUGUCCGGUUCUGCCGCCUCUGGAAGCGUGCACACACGCAGCCACACCUGCCGCCGGCACCUGAGCCUUGCGACCUGACAGCCAUUCCUGUGGACAAUGACAGCCCAGUACACAGCACUGUGACCUCCUACAGUUCCGUGCAGUGCCCACUGGGUAUGCAGUUACCCCUGCCCUUCGGAGAGCUGGAUCUCGACUCCACGACCCCUCCAGCCUACAGCCUGUACGCCCCUGAGCCGCCGCCUUCCUAUGAGGAGGCCAUCAAGAUGACGAAGACUAGACAGGAGGAGCCACGCCCCUCCCUGUAACCCAGCCUUCCCUGGGGCCUCGUGCCUCCAGACCCCUCCAGGGCUCCAGGAGCCAGGCCCCAAUGCCCAGCACCCCUAGCUGUGGCCCUGGUGCCCCAUAGUGGGGGCAGGAAAGCUUUCCCAAGCCUCCCAGUGCCACAGGCCACUCUGUGCUCACAGGGGACGGUGCAAGGGCACCCAGUCCAUCCCCACCGUCCUUUCCCCAGGAAGGCCAGCCAUCCAGCACAUUGCUGCAGCCCUUGACUCGUUGCUGUGUAACACUGGACAGCCAAGCUGACUGGCCCUGUGUUGGCCACACACACACGCUUUUACAUCCAGCCCUGGCCCCUAGCCCAGCCCCACAGGCCCUCAGCCCAGAGGAGGCCCCAGAGGCCUAAGCCUCAGGGCUCAGGGCUUGCUGUGAUGUCCCCAGCUUCUCAGAGAGAAAAUAAAGUUUGUAUCUAGGUGA